AGCGCAAGACUACGCCGCCGCCUGCCUGUUCUCCCCCGUUUACCAUACACACACUCGCCGCAAUAUAUAUAUAUAUAUACACCAUCGUGCGCGCACUCCCUCGCUCACUCGAUCCCUCACAGUCGUCACUCGCUCACUCGCACUCGCGCGCGCAACACGCCCGGCCGCCGACUACCGCUCUGCCCGCGCAUGACGAAAUAAAUAAUAAACAAUAAUACCACCGCCGCCGAUCACAACUCGCGUACAUUAUUGUACCAUAUAGUCAAGCGUACCGUCGUUACGUUUUUAUUAUACUCCCGUCGCAGGCACCACACACGUUCCGCGUACGCAGUCCGCCGCCGUACCGCUCGCCGACCGACGUAUACCGCUCCACAGCUCUUCAGCACACGCGUUUUCCGCCGACCAGUUAUCCACGCACACACAAGAUGAAGUGUUUAAGUAUCAUAAUGGUUAGCCUGUUGUUAGUUGCCAUUGCAAUGGUCAGCUCAAACGAAACUGGACUGAACGAACAAUCAUUGAACCGUUUGGCCAGAGCUGCCAACGGCGGAAAAGAAACCAACUGUCAUUACGAAAAGUCACAGUGGUCCCCGUGUGAUGAAAAGACCAAUGUGAAGGCACGCACGUUGACACUGAAGAAAGGCGACGAAACGUGCGAAAAGACCAAGAAGAUCGAAAAAAAGUGCAAGAAAGCAUGCCGGUAUGUGAAGGGCUCAUGGAGUCAAUGUAACUCGCACAAUGAGAUGAUCAGGACGGACACGCUCAAGGAUCCGUCUACUGAGAACUCAAACUGCGAGAAGACCAGACAAAUCACGAAAAAGUGCAAGAACAAGGGACGGGGUAAUAAAGGUAACAAGCAAACACGCAACAGGCAGUAAGCACGACAAAUCACCAUGAAUACACGCAAUACGCAAACAAUAAACGCGUAAACGUGUAUAACUAAACAAAAAAUAAAA